AUGACAACCAAUAUUAAAACUCUUUACGAAACUUUAGAAACUCUUUUUAUCCACGAUGAAGAGGAUUUUUUCUCAAAUUAUGGAGCUGAUUAUUCAGUCCCUGAAUCUUUUUCUCAAAUGUUUGGCUUUGCUUUUUCCGAAGAAGAUAUCAAUAAAGCAAUUGAACAACUUAAAAAUAAAAAGGCAACAUUUAAUGGAAAUAGCGAAAUUACCUCCAAUGAAAAUGAAAGGAAAUU